AUGACGCAGACCCCAAACGGCAAGUCCACAGGAGGCGUCCUGCAAAUUCCAGUGGCCGCGACUCAAAAGAAUGCUUCUGCGACAACUAAAAAAGCUCCCAAGCCUCCGGCGCCGCGCCUAAAGCUCCUCAUUCGACGGCUUCCGCCAGGGUUGACCAAAGCCGAAUUCGAGACAGCUCUCGGCCCCGAAUGGAAGACCGGAGCUGGAAAGGUCGAUUGGUUCCUAUACAAGCCGGGCAAAGUGUCCAAAGACCCAGCCAAACCUUCUCGGCCCUCGCGAGCCUACAUCCACGUCGUUUCGAACGAUUAUACCCUGCCGCUUAGCACUCAGGUUCGCCAGACGUCUUUCCAGGAUGCGCGCAACACUUUCAAUGACCCUGUGCUCCUGGGACCACCCUCGUUGGAGUUUGCGCCAUUCGCCAAGAUCCCCGGAAGUCGUUCGCGCAAGGAUGCUCGCCAGGGAACUAUUGAUCAGGAUCCCGACUUCAUCGCCUUCCUCGAGAGUCUUACCCAGCCCAUAACGAAGCCAGCUGCGAUUGACUCGGCCGCCGAUGCGGAGGACAAGAAAGACUCGAUGACAAUCACGCCCUUAGUUCAAUACAUCAAGGACAAGAAGGCCAACAAAGCUAAGGAGUCCAGCAAGUCUUCCCGCCAUAAGUCCGACAAGGACUCGAAGUCGGAGAAGAUCCAAGCGAAGAAGUUGCUUCAACGGCCCGAUAAAGACUCUACUCAGCCGGCCGCUGCAGAGAAGUCGGAUAGGAAGAGCAGGUCCGACAGAGCUACCAAGGAAGCUGUGAAGGUGGCGAACAAGCAGGCCGCUAGUGUCGCAUCCAAGCAAGCUGCAAAGUCGUCCGCCUCCAAGGACUCUCCCAAGGACGCACCCCAGCCAUCGACGGAACGGAAAAGGGAACGUGGCAAUAUCUCUGCUGCUACCAAAAUCCUCCAGCGCGAUCUUGGAUUGGCUCCAUCCGGCGGUCGUCGACGCGGCGGGAAGGGUGCCUCUGUGGAUUCCGACGCCUCGAAGAACGAACAAGUCAACGCCGCAACUCCCGAACCGCCAAAGAAGGAGGCCUCCAGCAGGUCGUCGAAGGGUGCCAAUUCCUCGCAGAACUCCAGGGGUCGGGAUCGUGGCCACGCUCAACAACACCCCAGCGAGCCUUCGGAAGCGGGCACUCCUCCCGUCAGCACAACCCCGAAACCUUCCAAGCCCGCCAAAGGAAAACAAGCACCGGCCGGUCCAGCAGCCACUGCCACCCAAGCUUUCCUGAAGCACGCCAACCCGUCCCAAGGUGUCACUGAGCCGUUGCUGGAAACUGCCUUCGCUCCUUUCGGUAGAGUCCUGAAGGUUGAAAUCGACAAGAAGAAGGGCUUUGGCUAUGUCGAUUUCGCUGAGCCAGACGGACUUCAGAAAGCCAUUGCUGCAAGCCCUGUCACGGUCGCUCAGAGUCAAGUAGUUGUGUUGGAGAGAAAGGCCAAUCCCGGAGGGGAGAAGGGUCGCGGAAAAGGUCGUGGAGGUGAAUCGCAGCCAUCCACUGCGGGAGGCAGCGCCCACAACAACCGAGGCGACAAGUCCACCGAGGGCAAAUCUGGAGGAAACUCAUCCCGAGGACCGCGUGGUGGUCGAGGCUCCAAAGGCAAAGGCGGCUCAAAGGGUAACAGCGGCGGCAAUGCGAAUGCCAAUGGCAACGCUGGUAACACCUCCGAGAACAAGGGAAAUGCGGAUGGCAAGUAA